AAAGUCCAAAAGAUCAAACGUUCGAAAGUCAAGAAACGACGAAAGAUCGAAGCUCACGAGUCAGGACCUAAUAUUGAUGUAUAAAAGUAGAAUCUGCCAUACAUGCAUCCACCCGCAGUACUUGCUAAGAAAGAACAAACUGUGCUUUGCGGUAUUCUGCAUCCCGGAAACCAUGGUAUCAAACGGCUCCACUAUUCCUCAACAUGCCCAUGCCGCCAUUAGCAUGGAGGUACCACUAAAGACGUCGGCAUCACCACCGGAGUACAUUGCUACUAGACUCGCAUGUGGUUCCAAGAAGCAUGCAGUUAUUAAUUUGUUCUCUAGGGUAGUUAUACUUGCAUCUGCCGUUGGUGGGAUAAUUCUUCUCAUCACUUCUAAACAAACGAAGCUUAUUACAAUUGCACCUGGGCUAGCAAUAUCCAAGGUUGCAAAAUUCAGUCACUCCGAUGCUCACAGAUACCUUCUCGCAGCUCUAUGUACGGCUGCUUUAUACAGCAUCAUCACUGGCUUAAUAUCAGUUUUGGCGCUCAUGAAGCCAGGAGGCAUCUCAUCAAAGCUAAAAUUUCAAUUUGUGAUACUCGAUUCGCUGCUAUUAGGUAUCAUGGCUGCAGCAACAGGAGCAUCAGGAGGUGUAUCUUACGUAGGAUACAAAGGAAACUCUCAUAGCAGGUGGAACAAGAUAUGUAAUAUGUACAAUUCUUACUGCAUGCAUGUUGGAACCUCUAUUUUUUUAUCAUUCAUAUCCUCCAUAACAUUUCUAUUUUUGGUUUGGAUCAACGUUUAUGCACUUUCGAAGAAGAUCGCCAGGCGAUAGUUAAUUGCUUGAUAUCAUAUAUAUUUCCGAAGUACAAG